CUAAUUGCAUUUGAUGGUAGGUUAGGUGUUAAUAUACAGAGUAGAAGGGUAGAUAUAGAAUAUCCAAGUAUAUGUAUUAGUCACUGGAUCAAAACUUUACUAUAUAGAUAGUAAACUAAGUACUCUCUUCUCCCGUACCCAGAUUGUAGAAGACUUAACAACUAUGGCCAAAACCAUCUCCGACCUCUCAGAUAUCACUGACUUUGUUAUAAACAAAGGCAAUGGAGUAAAGGGUCUCUCAGAAUUGGGCCUCAAAAGCAUCCCCAACCAAUACAUCCAACCCCUUGAAGAAAGAAUCAGUACUAUGAUAAUGUCCCAAGACUCCAUUCCUAUCAUUGACAUGUCGAAUUGGAACGACCCGAAAGUGGUAGAAUCUAUUUGCAGUGCAGCAGAGAAGUUGGGGUUCUUUCUACUAGUGAAUCACGGGGUGCCGGUUGAAGUGCUUGAGAAUGUGAAGGAAGCAACUCAUCGCUUCUUUGUAUUGCCAGCUGAGGAGAAGAGUAAGUACUCGAAAGAGCAUUCGCCUUCGAAAAAUGUCCAAUAUGGCACGAGCUUUAAUCCUCAAGCAGAGAAGGCUCUGGAGUGGAAGGAUUUCCUUGGUCUCUAUGCUUAUGAGGACAAGAUGAGGCCUCUGCGUUUUGGCCUCCUGUGUGCAGGACGAUAUUGGUGGCCUUUACGUGCGAAGGAAUGACAAUGGCAAUGACAAUGAUAGCGGUUGGAUUCAUGUUCCACCUGUGAAGGGGUCCUUAGUGAUCAACAUUGGUGAUGCACUGCAAAUAAUAAGCAAUGGGCGAUACAAGAGCGUUGAGCAUCUAGUAGCCGUCAGUUCAAGUAAGAACAGGGUUUCGAUUCCCAUAUUUGUCUUCCCAAGGCCAUCUGAGAUGAUCUCUCCGCUGCCGGAGGUGCUUGAAAGUGGCGAGAAACCAGUGUAUAAGUCAGUUCUCUUUUCUGAUUAUGUCAAGCAUUUCUUUGCGAAGCCCCAUAAUGGAAAGACAACGAUUGAGUUUGCCAAAAUAUGAAGAUUAUGCACUACGCACGAAAAUGUUCUCAUGUACUAAGAGAGGUGAUUAAAUCUCUUAAAUGUAUGCAUUCUUAUCCUACUACAACUCAUCAUAUCCAAUUCUAAAUUGAACUGAGUAUGUGAUCUGAUUUUCUUCUUCUUCUUUGUGCCAGCUUGACGAAUAUGAAAUAUCCUUCUUUUAUUGUUUAUAUUGUAUCUUUCUCCUUUCACACUAAAGGCACACAAAGAAAAUGUUGCAAAUCCAACUGUUCACAAGGAGUCUAUGACAAUUAUAACCUCAGAAAGUUUAAACUUACAAACUAUGCCUAAGCAUGGUGGCGAGAGAAGAAGACGAGCGUGUCACCUGGGACGACUGCACGACUGCAGGUCGUCUGUGUGGUCAGAGAUCAUAGAUCUCCACAGGAUAUCGCACGAAGGCGAUGAGGUAAACGGAGAGAUCGAGGGACGAAACGGUUCGUAUGGAUCUCUGCUGGGUUUUGGCCGUCGGCUUGGUUUACACGUUGCGGCUUCAGGCCGCAGUUAUGCAUUAUAUUGAAUGUUCAUGCAAUUAGGUUGAAAAAAUUUCGACUAUGUUUUAAAAGAACUUUGAUUGUGAUGA